GCGGCAGCAGCAACAACAGAGGAAUUGGCAGCGGGGGCAGCAGCAGCUGAUCCCCCGAAGGCCCAGGCACCAAAGGAAGAAGCACCCCAGGGAAUACCCUCCACAGCAGAGUGGCAGACGGUCACAGCCAGGACCGGAGCGGCACGCAGCGAACCGGUACCAGCUUCUCCAGUCCGACUGGUGAACAGGUACGAGGCCCUGGCGACCCUGCAGGAGAUGGAAGGGGAGGAGGACACCCUUGGGCAAGAAGAAACACCACGUUCUUCACACUCCAAACAGAUCAAGAGAUCCACGAUGACCCAGAGGAGGAGGCGACGAGUGCUCGUCAUAGGAGACUCCAUCCUGAGAGGUACGGAAGGACCCAUCUGUCACCAGGACCCCUCGGCACGAGAGGUAUGCUGCCUCCCUGGAGCAAAGAUUCGGGAUGUGACGGAGGUAAUCCAGGCCAGGAUCAAGCCCACCGAUUAUUACCCCAUGGUCCUAGUCCAUGUGGGUACUAAUGAUGCGGCCAGGAGAACCCCCGAUCACUUGAUGGCGGACUACUGUGCUCUGGGCGGUGUGCUGAAGGAGUUCGGUGCCCAGGUGGUUUUCUCUUCCAUCCUACCAGUGACCGGACGAGGAAGACGGCAGGAGAACUGCAUCAGAGAGACCAACUGGCGGCUUGGGCAGUGGUGUCUCGAGGCAGGUUUCGGCUUCCUGGACAAUGACCCGCACAUCACAACGAGGGACAUGCUCAGCUGGGAUGGGCUUCACCUGUCCCCCAAAGGUAAGCGUGUGUUUUCUUCUAGGUUGGCGGAUCUCCUCCGGCGGGCUUUAAACUAG